ACACGUGAAUACACAAGGUGUGGUGUUAUAUACCCUAAACAUACUCAGACUUUAUCCUUUGAGCCAGUUCUAGGGUUGACACUCUUGCUGAAUGUGUUAAUUUUACAAAGACGGACAUUUCGUGCUACAGAUAAAAAACAAGAAUUGGUGGUGUAUGAAGGGUGUUUGUCAAUUGAAGAUGGCAGUGCCCUCUAAUACACUGCUUAUAAGCCUCAUUUGGCUUAUAUGGUGCAGUGUGACUGUCAAUGGACAGAUUAAACCUAACACCGUUGAUACAUGUAAGCUGUAUGACUUGAAUACUGGUGCUAUUUUGAACACAAACACAUUCCAAGUGAAUAUUCAGGAAACAGAUAACAGGGCCAAUAAAGCCCAGACUGUAAUAAUCCCCAUCCAUGGUCAGACUCAGCAAUUCUUAUAUCCCAAUCCUGAUGACCAGACAACAGUCAGUAAUUAUGGUCUCAGCAUCGCUCUGAAUCCCACCAGUGGAUUCAACGAGCUGUUUGUUACCUCAUCAAUUGACCGAGACGGUCCCAAUCCAGAGCCCAACGAUGACUUGACCAUCAUUUCUCUAAACUUUGAUUGUGCCUACGCAUUAGGCACAAGUACAUUUACACAAAAGUUCGAGAUGAAAAUCCUGGUUGAUGAUGCUAACGACAAUGCACCAGUGUUUACCAACGCGCCAUAUUCAGUGAAUAUUAAAGAGGCUCUUCCCAUCUCCAACACUGUGUUCGACAACAUCAUAGCCACAGACAGAGACACCAACAAGAACAAGGAAAUUAGAUUCACGAUUGCAUCUGGUGCUUUAUAUAAUGGACUUUCCUACUUUGACAUGCCUAAUGCUGAUCUUGGCUAUGUGAACUUGGUUCGAGCCCUGGACUACGAAGCUCUCUAUGCAAAUUCUGCUACCAACUUCAAUCUGGUGAUACAUGCAAGGGACAACAAUGUCAAUAGCAAUGUUCAACUGACAACAACCACAACACUGACAGUGACAGUUGAGGACAGUGAUGAUCUGCCUCCCACAUUUUACUUCCCAGGAUGCUUCACUGGCCCUGGUCUGGUCACUUCCUGUGAGGCUGCCGUCUACAGGAGCACUAUUACGAAUGGAGUGGUGGCUGGAGCUUUGACAUUUAUCCCCACGGUGACAGGCUCUGAAACAGCGACGGGAUCAAUCCGUGCCUUCGAUAUGGAUCGACUGAAUGCUCAAAUCCAGUUCUCCAUAGUUGGCAGCACUCCAAGUGGCUUUGCCAACAGAUUCACUGUAUCCACGUCUUCUGCUGGUACUGACACCAACCUUGCUGGUAGGGAUAUCUACACGGCAACAGUGACCCAGACUCAGGUCAUUGGCAGAAAUGAAGUCACUUUGCUGAAGCUAUUUCUUCGGGCUUCCCAAAUAAAUGAUCCAACAAAGUUCAGAACAGCUGAGAUACAAUUUACUGUUCAAGCCAACAACCAGAAUCCCCCUCAAAUUUCCACGAACACCGGUAGUUUCAAUGGGUACAUAUAUGAGAGAAACAAUAUUGGAGAAACUGUUCGCGCAACACAAACUUCAUCAAGUCCAUCGGCUUUCCAAAUAAUUGUCUCUGAUCCUGAUGUGAUCGCAAGUGACAACCAGACCUACAUCUACACAAUUCUGGAGGCAGUUCCGUUUGCCGUCCAGACCAGUGGUUCUAACAUUGCCACAAUCUACUCCACACAGGUUCUGGACAGGGAAUCACAGACAGUAUACACGUUUACACUGCGUGUUACUGAGAACCUUCCUACUGGUGCACGUUCUAGUGACCAGCAGGUCCAGGUGACUGUCCUUGAUGUCAACGACAACGACCCGACUUUUACUGGACAAAAUUUGCAAGUUCAGAAGCUAGAAGGAGACUAUACCAUUAACAACAAUCUCCUUACCAAUGCCUUCCGCCCACUUGGCGACGUGGAUGUCAAUGGUAACCCUACAGUGACCGUGGCUAUCCAGUCAGUGACAGUGAGAUCUGGUUUACUCACUCAGGCCGAGGUGCUGAAUAGACUUGCCUUAAGAGACGAUGGCCUCUACCUGACUGGCCCGGUCAGCGCAGGGCUCGUGUUUGCUGUAUCACUUCGUGCAACUGACAAUCCCGCAAACACUAACCAGAAUACAAGGACAACAGACACUGUGGUUCUUGUAGAAGUUAUCAGUGCUGGAAACAACGCCCCCAGAUUUGAAUCUGCAAACUAUGAGACCGGCAUAAGUGAGGCAUCCCCUGGUGGAACAUUUGUCAUCCAAGUUGUGGCUAGAGAUGCGGAGGAUGCCACAUUGACAUAUAAUCUGGUUGGAAACAACAUUGCAGAUAAAUUUGUGCUUGCAAAUUCUAAUUCUGGAAGAAUUCAGCUUUUUGGAACAGCCAGAUCAGUGCUUGACUACGAAACACAGAGACAAUAUAUAUUCAAUGUUACAGCUAGGGAUUCUACCAACAGGGUAGAUACAGCAACAGUAACCGUAAAUGUACUUAAUGCCAACGACAAUGCCCCUGUAUUCCAACAAACAUCGUACGUGUACAGCGUUAAUGAAAAUGAACUUGCUACUUUCAAUCCCUCAGUUUCGGCUACUGAUGCAGAUGGCGACACCAUUAGUUACAGCCUGGCAAACUUUGAUCCUACCAGGUUUAGUAUUAAUGGAGGGUCUGGCGCAAUCGGAAACAUCAUUCGACUGAACUAUGAGGAGCAGAGACAGUAUACAUUCCUUGCUGUUGCCCGUGACAACGGAAUUCCCAGCCUGGCUGCAACCGCCUAUGUGACAGUCAAUGUGCUAGACCUCGACGACACCAUUCCAACAUUUGACGUGUCCUAUACUGGAACGAUUCAAGAAAAUCUGAUUUCUACAGUAACUCAAAAAGGAACAACAUCUACUCCACUGGCAGUCAAGGCUUUUGAUGCUGAUGCGACGCCCUCUAUCACGUACACAAUGGAUCCCCCUAACAGUGACUUCUCAGUGAACCCAACUACUGGUGUCAUCAGCUCGCUUCGACAGUUGAACUAUGAAGCCCAGAGCACAUACACGUUUUUUGUCACAACUACACAGGGAUCAUCGUCACCUGUUCCAAACAGACGAGCCCAAGUUACCAUAGAAGUGAUCGAUGUGAAUGACUUUAGUCCUAGCAUUUCAAGUAACUUACAAGCACAGACGAUACCAGAAGAUUUUGUUGGCUACCAGGCCAGUGUAUCCCAGCCAACCACUCUGAACUUUGUGUUUACUGGAACAGACGGCGAUCAACCAAAUACAGCUAACAGCCAAAUUUCCUACUCAAUCGGCUCAGUUCGAGAUGUGGACACGAACCAGAUUGUCAAUAAUGACAUGUUUUCCAUGUACACACCCACGUCGGGAACAAUCACAGUAAUUCGAAACUUUGAAGACCGAAGUGCUUCAGCCUAUGAGUUGUCGAUACGAGGCACAGAUGGUGGUUCCCCCACUCGCUCAGAUAAUAGCAACCUGGUGGUUCGAGUGAACAUUCAGAGAAACAAUGCUCCACGAAUAGAUGGAGUCAGUGAAAUCACCCUCAACGACAAUGCUUCUCCAGGCUCUGUUGUGUAUACCUUCAAUGCAACAGACAGUGAUGCUGGUCGAUUUGGACAACUGAGUGAUACUGCCCCUAUAUAUUUCGGAACUGCAGCCAGCUAUUUCACAUUCAGGAGAAAUGCCAUUAACCCAGCAUUUGUAGAAUUGGUGUUGAAUAGAAAUCUGAAUGAUGAUAGUGCCCAGGAAUACCAGAUGCAAUUUACAACUCGAGAUGGUGGCUAUGGCAACGUACAGAAGUCCGCCUCUCUGUCGCUGAAGGUCAAGGUCACAAGGAACAGGAAUCCGCCAUCAUGGCUGACGUUCUUCAACAGCCCUGUUGACAUCAGCGAAAACCUUGUGUUGACAACACCGGUUGCUACCCUCCAAAUCAGUGAUCUUGACCUACAGGCCCCUCACAACCUUAUGGAGUGCAGUAUCGUUGGGGACAUCACUGCACAGAAUUACUUCCGUACUGAGACCGACAACAACCUGGAUAGAUGUAACGUGUACAUGAAGAGAGCACCUGCCUUUGAGAGAACCAUCAAUAACUUCACUGUGACAAUUGGGCUGAGGGACCUUGGCACCCCCACAAGUCUGAAUGGACCAAACAAUCCGGUCUCGUUCAGAAUUGUGCGGAAUGACAACCCUCCACUGUUCUUCGAGAACAUUUACUAUGCCACAAUCAAUGAGGACUCUACUAUUGGUACAUCUGUGAGAGUUGUGGCUGCACAAGACAGCUCUCCAACUGCUGAGAACAAUGUAGUAACUUACAGAAUCAUCGGAGAUGACAAUAGUGUUGAUAAGUUCAGUAUAACAGACGCGCCAACAACUGUCAAUGGUCUCCCAGCUGUCAAUGGGACAGUCAGAACCAGGGCUGUGUUUACAGACGAGGCAAAGAGCCCAUACACGGUCAGAAUCAUCGCCACUGACAAUGGAUUGGUGCCAAGAACAGCAACAGCUCUGCUGUAUGUCACAAUCACUCGGAAUCUGCAAAACCCAGUCUUUAAUCCUGCCUCCCUUUCGAGGACCGCAGCUAUCCCAGAAGACCAAGCUCUGGGAUCAGUUGUUGUAACAUUAACUGGAUCAGACCCCGAUCGUUUUGCUCCCAAUAACGAAGUCAGCUACAGAUUUGCACCUACGUCAGUUGCUCAGAAUUACUUUGGCGUUGAUUCAGAUGGUGAUGUGUUUGUUCAGAGCGACUUAAAGAACGCAUUGAGCUCCUAUACGCUAUCAAUAGAGAUCUUUGACAAAGGCACGCCGUCCCGAGCAGGUCUCCAGCCUGCCACAGUGUCCAUUACAAUAUACAAGAAUCGAGCCCCGGGUUUCACCACCACUCAGGGCCGUGUGAUCACAGUUAACGAGGAUGUCACAACUGGGAAUAUUAUUGACACACUGAACUACCAGGACCCAGAUGCCUCUCUUCCAAUAGCCCCAAAAUUCUCAACCCUUUCGUUUUCAAUCCGCUCUCCUGCAUCAGCAAGCGCAUUCUUCAAUGUUGUCAACCAAGGCAAUGGUGUCCUUGCUCUACAGACAGCCGGAAGCCUCGUUGAAACAACAAAUCCCAGCCGCAUUGACCGAUGGGGGUUGUUGAUUGAAGUCAGGGACGAUGGAGGCCUUGUUGGAACAUAUGACCACACAAUAAUUAUCCAGAGAAAUCUGAGGAUACCAAUAAUGACUGUUGCUACCAGGACAGAGACCAUCUUGGAAACCCUGACAAUCGGGAGCGCCAUCGGGGCACCAGUGCAAGCAACAGAUGAUGAUACUUCAGCUCCUUUCCGGACAGUCUCCUACUUCAUAGAAUCUGGUGGAAAUGGGUAUUUCAACAUUGACAGUAACUCUGGGCAGGUCUUCCUUAACAGGAAACUGGUGAAAAUCAACACACAGGAUACUACAUACCAGUUGGUUGUGCGUGCCAGAGAUGGUGGAAGUCCACCUUCAGUUUCCACCACACGUACAGACUUCACUGUCACAGUUCUGGUGAACCUCUUCACACCAAUCAUUUCCAACAUUGAUAGCGGCUCUAACAAAGUCACCAUCCCCCUGGGCUUGAACACCCCAACAAGUACCACGGUCUUUACCGUGCAGGCUACGGACAGCGAUGACCAAAUUACUAGGAACCCGUUCCGUACCCUGCAAUACCGUAUAGUGUCUGGCGAGGGCAGCUCUGUGUUCACUAUUCAGGAUGUGUUCAACUUUACCAGUAACCAGUUUGACGGCCGUAUUGUCCUUAGCAACAGUCUCCAGGGAAGGCUCUCUGAAUACAAUUUGAUCAUAUCGGCAUGUGACUCCGCUGGAGAGGCUCAGAAAUGUGAUCAAGGUGUGGUGAGUUUUGUCAUCAACAGCAACCUGUUCCAGCCGGCCCUUACGGCCCCACCAGGGCCUGGUUUCCAAGUAACCAUUACUGUCCGUGAAGAUGAGACUCUUGCAAGAACUCUCUACACACUCAUUGCAUCAGACAGUGAUGGAACUGAUCCUUUCAACAGAGUGGACUUUGAGUUUGUUUCCCCGACAACCAGCGAUGCCUCUCAGCAGUUCUUGAUUGAAAACAAUCCAACAAACAAUGAGGGUUACAUCAAACUGAGAACAUCGUUACUGGAGAGAACAGACAUGUCCUUCCAGCUGUAUGUACAAGCCUAUGAUGGCGGCAAUCUUCGCUCUGUAAACACUGGCACGGUAACUGUCAAUAUCGUUAGAAACGAGCGUGCUCCACAGUUUGUCAACUCAGCCACACAUGUGUAUCCAUACUCUGCCACCAUUUCAUAUAAACACUCCCCGCAGACUGAUGUGAUGACAGUGUCUGCCACUGACAGUGAUGCAUUCAGUUUGGUUAACUACCGACUGUCUACUGAUGCAAUCACGAUCAAGUACUUUAGCGUUAGCCCGCAAGGUGUUGUUAGGCUAACUGAUAGUCUUGAAAAUGCUGAAAUAUCAUCCAUCACCAGGUUCAGAAUCCCUCUGGUCGCCUAUGACAACGGUAAGCCGAGCCCACUGACCAACACCACAGAUAUCAUCAUCAAUGUCAACAGAGACAUCUUCCAGCCAACAUUUGCUGUUACUUCCAAAAAUGUGCGAAUUCCAGAGACAACUCCUUUCGGGACAGUUAUUGAAUCUGUGACAGCUGUCGAUCAAGAUCAAGUUAGUCCCCACAAUGACGUGUUCUAUGAGAUGGUGGGUAGCGGUCUUGCCCAGACCUAUUUUGGCGUGGACCUGCGCACUGGACAGGUGUCUGUGAAGAGCAAUCUGGUCAAUGACCUUACCAGGACUCAGACAUACUCUGUUUUAAUCCGAGCAUAUGACACAGAUGGGACAACUUCCACUAACACAGCAACUGUGACAGUGAGCGUGUAUCGCAACUUGAAUGCACCCUACUUUACAAAUGCACAGACCAUUACAAUCAAUGAGGACAUACCCGUGUCAACGUCCAUACACAAGUUCCUAGUGAAUGAUGAUGACAUUGAUAUUCCAUUCGGAAGACAGAAUCUGACAAUGUCAUCGUUGGGUUUUGCUAAUGCCCUCAACUUCUUUAGUCUGAACACUGCAAAUGGUGACCUCACUGUUGCCCAAAAUUUACGGACACAAAACGAGGAUGUUUUCUAUUAUCGCGUGAAAGUUCAAGAUGGUGGCUCUCCACCUAAGACUGCAGAAAUGACCUUGACCAUCAACAUCCAGCAGAAUCUUCACAGCCCAGUCUUUUCUACUGAUGCGUGCUCCGCCAACAUCAACGAAGAGUUCCCAGUUGGUACCCAGCUUAUUGACACUGUUACAGCCACAGACAGUGACUCAAAGGCUGCAUUCAACUCAGUGACAUACUCCCUGACGUCUGUCAAUGGGGACCACGACUACUUCUUGAUUGAAAAGAAUCCAUCAACUGGUGUUGGAAGCAUUUAUUUAAAGAGGAGCAUUCUCAGCAGGAUUACUGAUCCCAACCGGCCAGCCAGAUAUGUGUUCCAAGUGCUUGCUACUGAUGGCUCAAAAAGUGCAUCACCAGCCAAGGAAUGCACAUUCACUGUGGAUCGCAACAAUUUCGCCCCAACAUUCAGUUUGCCAGGCUAUGAUGUUACAAUUGAUGAAAACACGAACACGUUUACUACCAUUGUGAAGAUGAAUGCUACUGAUGCUGACACGAUUUCUCCAUUCAGUGUAGUCACAUACACCCUGACUGCUGAUGUGGAGGCCAAGAAGUUCUUCAGGAUUGAUCCGAGUACUGGAGUUAUCUCCCUUUUCAACAGCGUGCUCAAUGAGCUCACAGAGAAGUACUAUCUGACAAUCCGCGCUAGGGACGGCAGUGUGGCUGCCCUGGAGGCGUCGGCUCAGGUCACCGUGACCGUCAACCGCAACUUCUUCUCUCCGGAGCUCACCGCGGCCCACCCUGCAGCAGUGUCAUCCAAUGUGCCAGAGACUGCAGAACAAGGCAGUCUGGUCUACUCGCUUAAUGUUGUGGAUCGGGACAGACGGCAACCAUUCAGUACAGUGGUGUACUACUUUAGAUCUUCAUCAAGCGUUCCAUUCACAUUGAAUUCUGAUGGCCGUGUGACUGUCAGUGGAACAGGUUCCCUGCUGAAGCCUCAACCUGACCAGUACACGCUGACCAUUGGGACGCGAGAUGCAGCCCCAACACCAAAGGAAGGAGUGACCAUCACCCUGACAAUCAAUGUCUUGCGCAACAAUUUUGCCCCUGUUUUCACAAACAUUGAUAACAACGCCACCAACGGCAUCAAUGAUGUUGUGUUUAUCGACUCUACAGCCAGAGCGGGAACACUUGUGUUCCAGGCUUCAGGAAGCGACAGUGACACCGCGGUCCCAUUUAAUUCCUACAAUUUCUUCCUGGAGGGAUCGUACCCAGAAUCCACUUUCUUCCAAAUGAACACAGACGGUCGACUGGUUCUCACAAGGGACAUAAAUCUUGAUAGUACCGUAGAGUAUUUGCUACGUUUGGAGGUUCGAGAUGGUGGUUUACCCAGGAAAGCUGGCCUCCCAUAUCUUUCCUCGUAUGUCUCUCUUCGUGUGGUAGUGGACAGAAAUGCUGGAGAUCCUAUUUUUAUACCAAGUGUGUACACAGCUGUCAUCAAUGAACACAAGCCAACUGGCGAAGACCUCACCAUUAUAACGUUGACUGAUCCUGAUGGCGAUCAAGUGGAGAUGCGAGUUGGCCCCACUCAGACUUCAAACACAAGUUUCUUCUUUAUCAACAACGGCAACAAGCUGCAGCUUGUUAGGCCACUGACCAGUGAUGUCACAAGGACUACCAGUUACACCGUUACAAUCGUUGGUAACGACAUGGGAAACCCAAAAAAUCCUGCUACCAACCAGGCUGUGGUUCAAGUUGUCGUCAACCGCAACAAUUUUCCUCCGGAGUUCCUCAACACUCCGUAUGGCGCCUCCAUUAACAGCAACUCUCCAAAUGGCACUUUGAUUGCGUCCGUCUCAUGGAGGGACAAUGACACUGUGUCACCCUACUCAGAUGUGACUGUGAUGCAAGUUAAACCAAGCACUGGCUUUGGGAACGACAUCUUUGAGCUCACAGACGUCAACACGGCCAGUCGAACUGCAGGAAUUCGCGUCAAAAAUGCCAACCUGUUACUCGCUGACAGUGCCUACAACUAUGAGCUGGUGCUUAGAGCCACAGACGGGGCCCCAACAACUCCCAGAACAGCAGAAACACUGGUUCGCAUUACUGUGAACCGUAAUUUGGAACCACCUGUGUUCACGCUUCCAGCUGGCCAAUCACGCUAUGAGGUCACAGUUCAAAGGACUGCACCCAUUGGAUACGCCAUCUAUAAAGUGUCUGCAACUGAUUCUGAUAGACUGUCUCCAAACAAUGUAUUUAAUUUCUACGAGACUGUUCCCAAUGCUUAUGUGGAGAUUAGCCUUGAUGGUACCCUUCGAGUGAAGUCUUCAUUGACACCAUUGCCUCCCACCAACCCUUUCCUGUACAACAUAUUCGUGGAAGACCAAGGCAAUCCAAAGUUACGCAGCUCCGUGGUUGUCCAGGCGACAGUGUUGACAGAUGCCCAGCAACUUGCCUGGGUCCGUGCCCCCUACGUGGCCUUCAUCACCGAAGACAGGGCGGUGGGAUCACUUCUCACUUCUGCUGAAACAAACCAAGUGGGUGCCACGUUUGCCUUGGACAACAAUCAGCUGUAUGAAGCUCCGCUGUACUUCUCCCUCAAUGAGACCACUGGAGAAGUCAGGAUCAAGAAGAGCUUGCUGGAAGAUAAGAACCUUGUAUCUGCUUAUAAGCUGAAGAUCAAGGCUUCCUACCAGUACGCUGUGACCCGACAAGAGAUCUUCACAGAUGUGGACAUCCAGGUCAUUCGCAACCCCAACACUCCUGCAUUCACAAGUCCUGCCUGCUCCAACAGCAUCACGGAAAUGACUGCCCAGGGGUCAUCGGUAUUCCAAAUACUGGCCAAUGACGCUGAUGCGGUGGAUGUGCCCAACUUGAGAUUCGCUAUCGUUGAGAAUGCCAACAGUCAGGACUGGACCAACUUCUACGUGAACCCUCUGUCAGGCCUUAUCACACUCAAUAAGUACCUGGAUACUGCCGGAAAUAACCAACAGACAUACACUUUCGCGGUAAGCGUGAGUGAUGGUCGAGGUAAGACUGCUACAACAACAUGCACUAUUGCAGUACAGAGGAACCAGUUCAGCCCGCAGUUUAUCAAUUUCCCUGCUGGUUUUAGUGAAUACAGGACAACUAUCAACUUCAACAUGCCACUCAAUCAAGUGUUCUUUAACCCAGAGGCCAUCGACAAUGAUCUGAGCCUUAAUGGACAAAUCAUGUAUGAGAUAACUGGCUAUGAUGCCGCCCCAGGAUACUUUGGUAUUGCUCGUGAGAACCCCACAAACAGGAACUCCCGAGCAAAUAUCUUUGUCAAGUCACCGCUUCUGGCUCAGGACCGAGCUCAGCAAUAUGUGAUUGGACUCAAGGCAUAUGACAGCAUACGACCUGAAGACGUCGCAAUCACUAAUCUGACCAUAACAGUCAACCGUAACCCGUCUGCCCCAGUGUGGUCAGAAAGGGUCUACACAAAGAAUAUAAAUGAAGAGGAGCCCUUCGGCACCUUACUUCUGCAGUUGUCUGGAAGUGAUCCAGAUAAUCACAAUGUUGAUUUCAUCGCCAGUCAGCCAAACCCACUAGACUGGAAUACCUGGUUCUUCGUGGAUGACAAUGGCCAGAUAUUUGUCAAACGCUCCCUUGUCGACGCUCCUUCAGAUACAUACAGUGUCACAUUCAUAUUGAUGGAUGAUGGGACACCAGCAAGGAACUCUACCAACACAGCCUCUGUCACAAUCACAAUCAACCGAAACCGUGCCUGUCCCUCUUUCCCUUCUGGGGUGUCCCUCAUUGGUAACCUGCGGGAAAAUGUCCCCAUCGGGACUCCUGUGACAACUAUUGCAGCACUGGAUUCCGACCUGAAUGCCCCCUACAAUAACAUCACUUUUUCGAUCAAUGUUGGCUCUGAUCCGAAUGGUUUCUUUGAAAUUGUGAAGCAGACGACAAACACAGCUGAGAUCAGGACUAGGUCACGCCUGGACAAUAGUGGAGAAUCCACACUGGUGUAUCGGCCCUGGGUGACCAUCACAAACCCUGUUGACCGUCGAUGCAGUGCCUCCACCAUGGUGACUGUGAAUGUGGAUCGUAACCUCGAGACACCCGUGUUUAAUCAAACGCUCUACACAGCUGCCAUACCCGAGGACACGCAGCGAGACACAGUCAUCAGGACUGUUACAGCUACUGACACAGAUCGGCUGCUCCAAUACAGAACAAUUUCAUAUUCUCUGCAAGCCACUGGUAAUGCUCUGCGCUAUUUUGCUAUCAACAGCCAGACAGGACAGAUCUAUGUGACCAACAGUCUCCAUGACGAUUUGUCUAACGCCAACCAAUUCGUGUUCAAUGUGAUUGCAAGUGAUGCUGGACCGAUUUCAAAAACAGCGUCUGCUCGAGUUGAGGUCACAGUGUGGAGGAACCUGAACACCCCGAUUUUCCAAAACACGGCUAGUUACGCUCAGACAAUUGCAUGGAAUGCUGGAUCACUCGGUCCGGUGAUAAUCUCCCAAGGGGCUAUCUCAGCGACCGAUGCUGACACCAAUGACUAUCCGCCGUACCGCACUGUGACCUACAGUGUUGUUGGUGUGCUUCCUGAAUAUACGUCCCUGUUCUCCAUUGACAACACUGGAACACUGCGACUCAACAACCGCAUUAGCACAGAUGUUAACACCAUUCUGGACAGAUACCAGGUUCAAAUCCGAGCUUGUGACCAGGGCGUGCCAGCCCUCUGCAGUACAACCAUCUUCAACGUGAACAUCAAUUUCAAUCUGAACAAUCCCUCAUUCCUGACUGGGGCUUGUGGCACCAACCUCUUGGAAAUCCAGGCCCUUGGUGUUCCUGUUAACACCAUUGCAGUUACAGAUGGCGACAAUGCUAUAUAUGGGCAGGUGGAGUACACCCUGACCCCUGUGACCCCUGAUGCAGGAAGCUACUUCAGCAUCAAUGACCGCGGGGAGAUAACUGUGAUCAGAAGUCUUGUUGGCAGCGGGAGAGACAUGUACAAUUUCACAAUUGGCUUACGUGACGGUGGUGGCAGGACAUCUGUCACACCACUGACCUGCAGUUUCACUGUCACGCGUAACAAUGGAGACCCGUUCUUCCUCAACCUCCCGAACGUGUUUGAGAUCAACUCCACACUAAGUCAGGGCGCUGACUUCUAUCUGGUCCGAGCUAGCGACCCAGAUCCUGUAACCUUGCCAUUCGGAACACUGCGCUUCAGUCUGAUCAACAACGCUAUUUUCGCCAUCAAUGAUGUGACAGGCCAGAUACGUCUGGCACAGAACCUGCCUUCAAACGUUAGCACUGACCAGCUCACGAUUGUCGUGAGAGUUGCAGACCAGGGCCAGCCCUCUAGAGUGGCGACAUCCAUCCUGACUCUGGUUGUCAAGUCCAACUUUAUGACUCCAUUCUUUGCUAACGCCCCUUUCAGUAACACAGUAAUGGAGACUUUUGACAUCAACCGGCCAGUGCUCGUAACCCCAGCAACUGACAAUGAUCUGCCACCAAAUAAUGUUCAGAGUUACGACAUUGACCUGUCAUCUGCUGAAGUCCUUGCCUGCUUCCGUAUUGAUGACAAUGGGAACAUCUAUGCAAAAUACGCUCUGUAUGAUGCCCCAUGCAGCGCACUGAAGCAGUACAAUAUCUCAGUACGAGCCACAGACGGAGGUGAUCCACCCAGAACGUCAGCCCCUGUCCGCGCCAACCUGAACAUCCUGCGUAAUGACUUUACCCCAACCUUGACCUUCCCAACUCCACAAAACAUUCGUGAGGACAUUGGCACAAACCCUGUGGUCACUAUCACAUCUCAGGAUCUGGACACUACAAUUCCAUUUGGGAACGUGACAUACAGCAAGAUUGAGACCACCCCCAACGACUUCUUCACACUUAAUGCCAACACAGGUCUACUGACAGCUAAUGGCAACCUACUGACUGACACAAGAGAAUCGUACAAUAUUCUCAUCACAGUAACAGACAAAGGUCCGAUCCCCAAGAGCAGCCAACGCCUUCUUGUUGUCAACGUGAACAGGAAUCUGUUCCCCCCUCAACACAACCAGGCCAGCUGGUCCUUUACCAUACAGGAAGACCUUGCAGUCGGGACUGUGAUCAACACGAUAGGAGGCUAUGACAAUGACACCAAGAAUCCAUGGAAUCAAUUCAUCUUCAGGAGUGAAGGCAAUUCAUUGGCUGAGCAGUAUUUUACACUGGACACAUCUGGUCGUAUCAUAGUGAAGUCACCAGUGUACCUCGACAAUCUGAAUACACCGCAGUACAUUUUGAACUCCAGGAUGACUGACAAGCUGGGAGCCACUGACGGCCGUCAGAGUGCCCUGGCCCCAGUCACCAUUAACGUGAACCGUAACAACUUCUGUCCCUCGUUUGCACCCCUUCCAGCCCCCACCAUCAAUGAGCUGCUCAUACCACAGACUGUCAUCAACUUUGGGACAUACAUGAGAGACAGUGACAGCAAUGGAACAAUAUUUGGUCAACAUGACUAUGUCAUUAUUGGUGAUGGUGUUGCACCAACCGUGUUUGAAAUAAACAGCGCCACUGGAGAAGUGAGAACGCGAUCAGCCCUCUUUGCAGAUCCUGGACUCUCAUAUGGCUUACGAGUGCAAGUGUCAGACAGAGGACCGUCUUCUUGUUCUGCCACUGCCAGCGUCGUGGUAACAGUCAACAGGAAUCUGAAUCCACCAGAAUGGAGCAACACACUUCCAGGUACAAGCAGCCAAUACUCUCACAGAAUCACAGAGCUGUUCAAUGUCAAUCAAGUGUUUUAUUCCAUCUCCGCUGUUGACAAUCGUGAUACCAAGGUGCCCCACACAGAGGUUGUGUAUUCAAUUCGCAACUUCACUGAGUAUUUCAACGUAAAACCCUCAACAGGAGAGGUCUAUCUUACAACAAGCCAGAUCGGGUUAACUCAGACCACCUAUGUGUUCGGAAUUCAAGCAUGUGACAAAGGGCUACCACAGCCACUGUGCACGCCAGGAACUUUCACCCUAACGGUUGAUCGCAACCGCUUUACGCCAGAAAUAAUUGGACCCACUGCAAUUAUAGAAGUGCCACAGACCAGAACCAUCUCAAACGUUAAUCCCAUCUACUCCUUCCAAGGGCGAGACAAUGACACAGUGAAUCCCUUUGGGACGUUUAGGUUCCGAGCUAUUGGAGACGACAUGGCUACCACUUUCCUGCGUGUGGACGAGGCUGGUAACGUGUUCCUGAUCACUCCACUUGAUACUGACAAGACAUUCUACAAACUGGUGCUGAGAGUCCAGAUUUAUGAUCUGGGUAACCCUUCCCUGAGCUCUGUGGGAUUGCUGCAGCUGAACAUCCUUCGUAACCAGAACGGUCCCCGGUUUGAAACAGGGAGCCGGUUCUACAGCAAGUCCAUUCUGGAGACACAGGAGCUCGGUCUGGAGAUUCAGAUGGUCACUGCAAUUGACCUGGAUGAUACUUCACCAAAUAGAGACCUCACCUACUCAUUAGAUGCAGCUCGUAACACCCCAGACGUGCAGUCCUACUUUGCCGUGUCGACCUUGGCCAGCCCUACAGGGGACAAGGGUCGUCUCAGUCUGCAGAGGUCAAUGAUGGGCUUCCCCAAUAAUGCCACCCAGUUCAAUGUGCAGGUGUACAUCAAUGCAAAGGACAAUGGUGUCCCAUCCAAUGUUGUACCUGACCCAGCCAUUGUCACUGUGACAGUUACCCGGAAUACGGCACCAUUCUUUGCCAAUCUUAUCAGCGGAAAGUAUGCCACCAGUGUCAACAUGGACUUAGUUGGAGGAGCUCUUAUCUACCCAACAACAGCCACUGAUAAUGAUAAUAUCGCGCCAUUUAAUACACUGAGCUACAGUAUUGUUGGAGAUGAUGAUGCCAUGCGCCUCUUUGCUGUCAACAGCAACGGUCAGGUGACCUUGAGACCAGGUGCCAAUCUUACAACGGAAACUAAAAUACGAUUCAAUAUAAUGCUUCAAGUACAAGAUGGGGGCACUCCACGACUGUCUGAUAUUGUGGUAUUGGAGCUUUUUGUCAACAAAAACUUCAGGAAUCCACAGUUUGCCAACAACAACCAGAAUAUCGACCGCACAAUAGAGGAAAGCAUGGCAACAGGAACCACCAUUGUUGUCCUAAACGCUACUGAUGCUGAUUUACUGCCUCCAAACAACGAGUUUGAGUUUUCGAUCAACGACCGAACACCAGGAUCUGGAGAUGCAAGCUAUUUCUAUCUGGAUCGUAUAACUGGAGCCUUGUCACUCACAAAGUCUGUGCGUAACGCAAUUAUAGUCAACCCCACUGAUGUCCUUGAGCUGACGGCCUUUGUCCGUGACAAGGGAGAGCCUCAGCGAUCUUCAUCCAUCCAAGUGACUAUUCUGGUCAACCGUGUCAAUGGAACACUCGCAUUCGGGCAGCAAGACUACAGUAGGACCAUUCCUGAAAGCACCCCUGUAGGAACCACUAUUGUCAACACUCGGGCAUUCCCAGGCGCAUCUGGAUACAGUCUGCAACCAGGAGCGGAUGGGAACUUGUUCUUCCGUAUCGAGGCCAAUGGUGAUGUUGUUUUGACCAAGAACCUGACCACUGAUCCAAUAAGGGAACGGCCAGCUUUUAUAAUCGUUGCCAUAGCAACCAGGACGGAGCUUCAAAUUACCCAGACUGCCUCAGCCACCGUGACCAUUAACAUCCUGCGUAACCAGAACCCACCAGUGUUCACCCAGGAUGUGUAUGCAGCCAAAAUAUCAGAGAAGGACAUUCAGCCUGUUAAUGCUACCACUGUUCUUGCUACAGAUCUGGAUGGGGACAGCGUUGUUUAUUCCAUAAUUUCGGGUGACCAUGUUGGCAAGUUUUUCCUGGUUUCCAACACCGGUGUUCUCUAUGUGGUUGGAAAUCUGGAGGGUGAUUUAAUCAACACCUACGUGUUGCAAAUUCGCGCUUCUGAUCAGAGGGACCCUCCUAAAUUUGACACCGCGGAAAUUCGUAUAACGGUGGAACGCGACUCCCGCCCUCCAUUCUUCAUCAGCAUCCCAGCUACAUUCAGCAUUGCUGAAAACAGAACGUUUGCUGAUGGAAUCAUUUACAAUGUGACAGCUAAUGACAAUGACAAAAAGGGGAAAAUGGAAUUUGGGCUCGUGGGAGAAGGGGCGGCCCCAUCAUUCUUCAUGUUUGAUGUUGUGAAUGAAACUGCGUACGUCAGAGUGCGACAAGGGGCUGAUAUACUCAAUGACCAACAGGCAGAAUACAGUCUUGUGUUCCGAGUAUGGGACUCUGAAUAUCCGGAUAACUAUGAUGAAGAUAUCCUCAAGCUGGUUCCUAACAGGAACCCAGGCAAGCCGACCAUCUUGAAUCUAGCCGGUCUCAGCACCACAAUCUGGGACACGCAUGGCCUAGGGGAGGUCAUCAUACGUGUGAACGCUACUGACACUGAUCCAAGGGACGUUCUGAGUUGGUCCAUCUUGGACGCGGCCAGUUUGGAGUACUACUUCAUCAACCAGCAGACUGGUGACAUCACUCUGCGUAAGCUGCUCACGCUCGGGACCCAGACAAGCAACUCUGUGCAAGUGCAAGUUUGUGACAAUCGUGCAGCAUUCAGGAAGUGUGACCAGGCAACAGUUACUAUAACAAUCAGACGAAACCUUCAGUCUCCUAGAUUCCAGUCACUGCCAUACUUUGCCAAUCCAACAAGGAAUGCUCUUUCGGGCUCAUUUGUUGUUCAGACAUCUGCUAAUGAUGGAGACUUGAGAGGAGUCAUUAUGUAUGGAAAGACAGGCAAUUUCGAGUCAGCCAACUCCUUCUUCAGAAUUGCUGCUAACAAUGGCACAGUAACCUUGAUUAAGGACUUGAGUCAGGAUGGGCUGUACGCACAGAGAUACAAUUUUGAAAUCAUAGCUUAUGAUAGUUUCUACCCCAACGAUGUUGCCACUGCCACAGUAACCAUCAAUGUUGAUAGGAAUCCCAGCACGCCUCGCUUCAUUGACCCUGACGGUAACGCCUACAGACGAGUGAUUGACGAGACCCGCCGUCUUGGAUCAAUCAUCCUCAAUAUCAACGCCACAGAUGAUGAUGUGGAUACUGUUACAUAUAGGAAGGGAAAUAACUGGGAUGCAAAUGACGACCGAACUUUCUACCUCAAUACUUUGACUGGCGAGAUAUCUCUUCUCCGCGUGUUGGAUGAUGCAAACGUGAACAAUCGUUAUGAGUUCCAAGUUGUUGCUGAAGACUCUAUUCCCUCCCCUCUGAAGAAGAGUGCCAUUGCCACGGUUACAAUUGAUAUCACAUUUGACAAUCCACCAACUUUCAAUGCUGCAGACUAUACAACAACCAUCCUAGAGACUAUUGGGGUUGGGACAGAGGUGGCCCCACAGAAUACAGAGAUCAGGGCCACUGAUGUGGACUCUUUCAGUGGUUUUAUGGUGUACAGUAUCGUAGGCAACCUUGAUGCACCAGACUUCUUUAAUGUCACCAAUGAGAAUGGAAGGGCAAAGGUUGUCCUGAGGAAAAGUGUCCGGACGUAUCCUACAACACAAUAUGUGCUGAGGAUUCAAGCCUAUGAUUCAAAUUUCCCGGACAAGAAAGUGUUUGUCAACUUUGUUGUCAAUGUGAUUCGCAAUAUCUUUGCACCCACUGUGCAGUCUGCUACGGUGACGAUCUUUGACUACCAUGAUGCUGCCAAGGUUGUCCAUCAGGUCAACAAUGGAAACAACUUUGAUAAUGAUGGGGACUUACUACAGUAUGAAAUCUCGGGUGCAGGAGUACCAGAAAUUUUCUACAUGGACAACUACGAUGGUGGAAUAUGGCUAUCCGAUGGCAACAGGCUGCGCAAUAACAUGACACGAACAUUUACCACUGUUGUCACUGCCAGAGAUAUGCGUAUACCUGAGAAAACUGGCCAAGGCAUAAUCACCAUUAAUGUCAAUUAUGACGACUUCCUUCCCACAAUCACCAAUGGUGUAGGCAACCUGAUCUUGGCCACCAUUAACGAGAACAUGAACAUUGGUCUCAGUGUAGCUCGAGUGGCAGCCCGUGACCAGGACCAGGUGGAUGAUCAGCAAGGGUCUAUUAUGUACCAACUGAAUGGAAUCACUAGUGGAGGCAGUGGUUACUUUACUCUCCUGGACGAUGGCACAAUCAUCUCUGCAAAGUCCUUCAACAUGUCACAGAGGAAUGUCUUCCAGUACAAUAUAUCUGUGGCGGCCUAUGACUCCCGCUACCCAGAGCGACAAGUAUUGGCGACAGUGGUAGUGAACGUGGAUAGGAACCAGUUUGGACCAGUGUUUUCUAAUGCAGGAAACUACCUCCUCAACAUUGAUGAAACCACAGGAGUGUACACCUCCAUUGGUCAAGUCACAGCAACUGACAGGGAUGUUCUGGACAGAAUAACGUACUCUUCAUCUGGCCAAGAUGUGACCUACUUUGAUGUGGACCCUAUUUCUGGAAUCGUAUACCUGAAAGGAAAUCUGUUGACGGAUCCACAACAGCGCAGACAAUACAGUAUCACUGUAACGGCAUCAGAUAAUUUUGUACCAUUGGCAAAAACCGCUCAGUCGACUGUGAUCAUCAGUGUCACGCGUGAUAGCCCCCACAGUGUUUGUGCCACCGACAGCUUUGAGCCUCACUAUCCUAGAAACAAUGGCUGUCAACACAAACUUGACAACCAUUAACCAGAGAAUAGAUGCUUCUGAUGCAGAUUUAAUGGCAAAUGAGUCUCUGGUCUUUGAAUUGAUCGGAACUUCUUUGGGUGCAUAUUACUUCAAUAUUCGCCGAGCGUCACGAACCUCACUGGACCUCUACAUACAGAACAAUCUCAAGACUGGAUUCAGAAACAUGACUCGAUUUGAGAUGACAAUCAAGGCUUACCAGGCCGGUCGUGAGCGUAACACUGCCUUCAAGACUGUGCUGAUUGAGGUUUUGCGUAACCAGGGACCCCCGCAGUGACCUUUACUUCCAACGAUGUUCCGAUGCGUGAGGACCACCCACCCUUCACACGGCCAGGUACCCAGGUGCAGGCAACAGACAGAACAGACAAUGAUGAAAUCACAUACGGCAUUGUGGGUGAGCGAGUGAACCGCGCCCUCCAGUCUGGGGCCUCAAACUACUUUCAGAUAGAUGAUAAGACUGGCCAGAUCUACCUCACCCAGACUGUCCUCAACACAAACAUCACCGACUUCCUGCUCACUCUGCAGGCCUGUGACAAUGGCAUCCCUGCACGUUGUGUGAACGCUGAUAUAAGGAUCAUAAUUAUCCGCGACAGCUUCCCUCCAAAAUUUGUGUACAACACAGCAACAGGUUUAUUUUCC